AGAGCGCUCAUCUCCGACUCUGGCGGGCGCUGGGUGCUGGUUUAUCUGGACGCGGAUUCCACAGAGAUUCGGCGAAGAGUAGCUGCUAUGAAUACAUUGGCUGAGGAAGGAGAUCUGGCAUUAUAUCUAACACAGGAUGGGUUGGAACGGUAUCUUAGUGGUUUUGAACGGCCA